AUGUCAUUAAACGAAAAAACUGCCGACGUUGGGCUUAAGGAAUUGGCCACUUCAAGCAACUCCAUCUCAAGCACAGACGUUGAGUUUGAGAGCAACAACUUCUUCAAUAACAUUGACAGAACACAUGGCGCUUCAUCUCUGAUGACUUAUUUUAAUGUUGUGUGUGUUGUAGCUGGAACUGGUAUUCUUGGUCUUCCCAUGGCAUUGCGUCAAGGUGGCUGGAUUGGCUUGCUCAUUCUGUUUCUGUCUUGGACCAUGUCCACCUACACUGCCUCUAUUCUGAUCCGCUGCUUGUAUGCUACCGACAAGGGCCGCCUCGCGACAUACAAAGCUAUUGCUACCACAGCAUUUGGUGCUAUUGGCGGAUGGGUUACAUUCUUCUUCAACACAUGGAUCAUGCUCGGUGUACCUGUGCUAUAUCUUGUGCUCUGCGGAAGCAACAUCAAUGCUUUGGCAGCUGGUACGCCUGCUGAACUCGGUGCCACAACAUGGACCAUCAUCUGUGCUGCUUCUCUGGCUAUUCCAUAUGCCCUUGUCAAGACUAUGAAAGAAGUUGCCUGGAUGAGUGCCUUUGGUGUGGUUACUAUCGUUGUUGUUGUCUUUAUUGUCCUCAUCAUGUGUGCCAUUGACAAGCCUAAUCAAAUUAAUGUUCACCACGAUGUUGUUAUUUGGGAAAUGUUCCCCAUUGCCUUGAGUACCAUUUCCUUUUCAUUUGGCGGCAAUGUUAUUUAUCCUCACGUGGAAGCCUCCAUGAAGAGGCCCAAAGACUGGAACAAAGUAGUCGCUGCUGGUCUCGCUACUUGUGCUGCCAUGUAUUACAUUAUAGCUAUUUCUGGUUAUUUGGUAUAUGGCGAUGAAGCUGAAAGUCCCAUCUACAAUUCUAUCCCUGACGGUGUUCCCAAGAUCACUGGUAUCGUCAUGAUUACCUUGAGCGUUUUAGUCAGUGCCCCGCUUUUGAUGACCUCGUUCUCCUUGGACAUUGAGGAAAUGUUCAAUAUUACCGUUGAGCGACAUGGCAAGGUCAAGGAACUCCUUAUUCGUGCUGUUCUUCGUAUCGUUACCAUGGUUGGAGUCACUGUUAUUGCCUGUGUUGUUCCUUACUUUGGCGCAUUAAUGUCAUUGAUUGGUGCCUUUGCCAACUGCACACUCAUCUUCUUGUUUCCUGUCAUCCUUUAUCUUAAACUCACAGGCGUAAGAAACAAGCCUUUCUACGAGCUUGCCUGGUGCUUCCUCGUUUGUCUGAUGGGUAUUGUUGGUCUUAUUUUCGGUACAAUAGAAGCUGUCAAGGAACUCAUUGCUGCUUAUAGCUCUUGA